AUGGAAGGCGUAUCAGGAUCUUCAUCCCUCUACACACCGUCCAUAUGGACACAGAGUCAUCUCAGUCAUCCAUCUGAUGUGGAUCUGCCACAUCGGCCCCCUGUGUAUAUACGGCGUACAGACAUAAGUGCUUCUUUGCACGCCUAUGAACGACUUUUAGAGACGUCCAAAACGUUCACUUCAUGCAUGUCGGCAAUGUCGAAGGCAUCUGCAGAUAUGGCAGCUGCAUUAGAGGACUGCUCGUCGCUGAAAGGAGCACAUGCAUGUGGCGCUGCUUUUCAAGCUGCCUGUGGUCUACACUACCUGAAAUCUAAUUACGACCAAGUUUUAUGUGAUACGUUCUGGAAAGAGUUCUCGAUUCCGCUUCUGAGUCAUUUGGAUGUAUAUCGUCAGACCGUGCAGGACCGGCAGCUUGCGCAUGAAAAGACCAUGUCUGAACAAAGCCAAAUUCUCAAGGGUAUUGAAUUAAAGUACCAAAAACAAGACCGACAGCGACAUCGUGACUUGUCGAGUUUCCGUACAAUGCUUAGUGAACUCCAGCGCAAGGUAAAUGAUAUGGAAGAAAUCAAAGCUCAGCAUUAUACCGAGGUACUUGAGAAUGAGGAAUAUACUUGGAACCUGAUUGCACAAAAAGUCAUGCUCCUUGUCCGUGCACAGGUUGAUAUGGCUGAUCGCCUUUCAUCGAAGGCAGUGAAUGACCCUAUUCUUGAAUCGAUCAUGGCGACAAUUCCCGACCCCUUCCAGUCGUACGGACCACCGAAACGUGAAAACGAGCUGUUUUCUAUUCUGCAACCAAUGAUUUCCAAACGCUCUGCUUCAUCUCCAUCACCUACAUCUCCUAAUUUGCCUAGCACAUCAGAUGCGAGUCUGUCAAAGGCUGAUAUGUCUGUUUCUCCGACGAAUUUGUUGACCGAAAGGGCCUCGCGCCACAGCCAAUCGCUCUUUCCCGUUGAUGCUGCCUCUGAGUCUGCCGAAGCUGACACAACUCUGCGUGCCGACCCAGACCGCAGCAUGCCAGGUACGGGACAGGUAGACAAAGAUUCGACGUCUUUUUCGCCACAUGCGGAUCGCAAGCUACCUGCACGUCUCCUACAGUCCAGACCUUCAUUUCAUAUGCUCUUUGGUUACACACAUCCCGAAGAGCCCUCACCCCCAUCACCCCAGACUCAGUCGCCACAUAACCAUAACCAUGAUGUCUCAUCGUAA